AUAUAACGCUUUGGAGUCAUCCAUAUGGGUUCCCUUUUAAACCAACACGGGGAUAUCUAAAGUUAUCCGCUAGAUGGCGCGCUUAGAUGAUUCAUAGGUGUAAUGGGUGCUAUGUCUAUAUAGCAUUUGCUACUUCCGGAAUCUAAAAGGAAGAGAUUGGACCGGCCGUAACCCAGUUAGCAAGUGCAUUAUUGGGAGUUUGGUGAUGGGAGCAGACAGUGACCCCGGUGCUCCCUCUGCGGUUCCUUGGAGGAAGGUGUUGUAUGAGCGUCAGCCUUUCCCAGACAACUACGUGGACCGGCGCUUUCUGGAGGAGCUUCGACGUAACGUGGGCGUACGGCGGUACCGCUACUGGGCGGUGGUGCGCGAAGCCGGGCUUGUGACGCAGCAGCUGUCCUGCGUCGCCGCGUUUCUCACGCUGUGGUGGUACAUGUACCAGGGUCAGCUCUACCCGUUCACGCUGCUUUUGGCCGGCCUGCUGUGCGCGCUGCUAGGCUACGGGCUCUACGAGGCGCUGGGCGGCCCGAGAACGGAGGGGCGCACGCGGCUGGCGGACCUCCAGAGCGCCGCCAUCUUCCUGGCCUUCACCUUCGGCUUCUCCCCCGUGCUGAAGACGCUGACCGAGUCGGUGAGCACGGACACGGUGUACGCCAUGUCGGCUCUGAUGCUGCUGGCUCACCUGGUGACCUUCCCCUACGCCCAGCCCAGCCCCCCCGGGAGCCUGUCGCUCAACGCCGCUCUGUUCGGCUCCGUGUGCCUGGCCUCCCGGUUGCCGGGGGCGCUGCACACCUUCGCCAUGGUGACGUGCGCGCUGCUGGUGUUCGCGCUCUGGCCCUGCCUGCUGCACCGCCUGCGGGACCGGGCGCCGCGGGGCUUCCCCUGGGCCGCCGCCCUGGUGUCGCUGGGCGGGAUCGGCGGCUUGGCCAGCCAGUCGCCGGGGGGCGCCGUCCUGCUGGCCCUGGCGCAGCUCGCCCUCACGCUGCUCUGCCCCCUGCUGCUGCUCUGGCUGCAGGAGCACAAGGACAACAUCCACGGGCCCUGGGACGAGGCCGAGAUCCACGAGGACCUGUCCCGCUUCCUGCAGUGAGCCAGAGACGGGGAACAGACCUCCUGUCCCGCUUCCUGCAGUGAGCCAGAGACGGGGAACAGACCUCCUGUCCCGCUUCCUGCAGUGAGCCAGAGACGGGGAACAGACCUCCUGUCCCGCUUCCUGCAGUGAGCCAGAGACGGGGAACAGACCCCCUGUCCCGCUUCCUGCAGUGAGCCAGAGACGGGGAACAGACGCUGUCCCGCUUCCUGCAGUGAGCCAGAGACGGGGAACAGACCCCCUGUCCCGCUUCCUGCAGUGAGCCGGAGACGGGGAACAGACCUCCUGUCCCGCUUCCUGCAGUGAGCCAGAGACGGGGAACAGACCUCCUGUCCCGCUUCCUGCAGUGAGCCAGAGACGGGGAACAGACCUCCUGUCCCGCUUCCUGCAGUGAGCCAGAGACGGGGAACAGACCUCCUGUCCCGCUUCCUGCAGUGAGCCAGAGACGGGGAGCAGACCGCCUGUCCCGCUUCCUGCAGUGAGCCAGAGACGGGGAACAGACCGCCUGUCCCGCUUCCUGCAGUGAGCCAGAGACGGGGAACAGACGCUGUCCCGCUUCCUGCAGUGAGCCAGAGACGGGGAACAGACGCUGUCCCGCUUCCUGCAGUGAGCCAGAGACGGGGAACAGACGCUGUCCCGCUUCCUGCAGUGAGCCAGAGACGGGGAACAGACCUCCUGUCCCGCUUCCUGCAGUGAGCCAGAGACGGGGAACAGACCUCCUGUCCCGCUUCCUGCAGUGAGCCAGAGACGGGGAACAGACGGCCUGUCUCACUUCCUGCAGUGACUCACAGACGGGGAACAGACGGCCUGUCUCACUUCCUGCAGAGACUCACAGACGGGGAACAGACGCUGUCCCACUUCCUAUAGCGAGUCAAAGAUGGUGAACAGACGGCCUGUCCCGUGUACUGCAGGGACUCAGAGACGGGGAACAGACGGCCUGUGCUGCAUACUGCACUGACUCACAGACGGGGAACAGACAGCCUGUGCUGCAUACUGCACUGACUCACAGACGGGGAACAGAUUACCCAUAAGGCCUGUUGAGCCUUGUGUCGUUCAAACUGUGCCGUCUUCCUGUUCGUUUAAUCUAAACACUGAGGUCAGGUGAUGUUUUUAUUACCAUGUUUUGUCAGGAGCGCACCUACUGGACUUAGCAGAAGUUACUUCUAAUCUACAAACUCAAGUGAAUUCUGUAAAGGCAAAUUAACAGAAUUGACAUGCUGUUGGAACACUAAGCAUAAAAGGCACACUGUUUUAGAGCAGAAAACCAGUACUGCAGUGUUUUGCAUGACCAAAUGAAUGGGCUUGGGGCUGCUGGGUGGCUCGACUAGCAUUGUCUGGGGAUGGGAAGGUUUAACUUGGCCAGGGUUAAAACGUCUCAUCACUCACAAGCGCCCCCCACUGGUUGAUUUGGCACCUGUAAUUCUGCGUGCACAUGAAGUGUCUCCAACUUAAAUCUGGCACAGUUCAGUAUUCCAGAAUGUCAAUAUGCAACAAAUGUAAUUUAUUUUUCAAAAAUAAACGGCCACCUGCAAGAUCGUUAACCUGUGCCAGGUUACACUUUAGAUGGAUAACUGGAACUAGUUUAGCAUUUGAGAUUUGACAUUUCUUUUACAAACACAGGCUACAUUCAUUCUGACUGCAAUGUACCAUUCAUGAUUAGCCAGUCAAAAUUGGAUUUCCUGUUGAAGUUAUUUUACAUUAAACUUUGCCAUUAACCCCUCUGCAUAUCAACUCAUUUGAAGGCAUAAAUCCUUUCUACUAAUAAAAAGGUUGUUUAAAUCAUGCACUUGUAGGUCUGAGUCUGUUGAAUGUCGUCAUAUGCUGUUGUGUAGUACCCAGUUCUCUCCACCAGAUGUCAGGCUUGGCUUUAUGUAGCCUACAUCAGGCCCGGUCCAGUUGCAGGGCAUAAUUAAUGAUCGAAUGACAUGGAAAAUUUGCCUCAUUCAACAUGUCUUUUGACUUGAUCUGUUUUUAAAGUGGGAACUAUCUAGCUUUUCCACCUGGUCUACCACCCCUGUUAACAUUUACCAAGUGCCUUAACGGAUGUGUUUUGGAUCAUCUCAAUUAAUCAGCCACAUCAGACCCAGAAAACAAAUGCUAUAUACAGCAUAGCUGAACAGGCUGUGAUCUGCUGUGACUUGAAGGGCUUUCAGUAAUCUAUUUAAAUUGUUAAUGCUAGUUACACCUGUACAAGAAGGCAACCCCAAGUGUGUAGUCUUUGAGUGAGAAAUGGUGUAUUGGUGUUGCUCUAUGAACUAACAGAUUGUUUACUGGAACAAUUUAGUAUAUUUUUUAAUGCUUAAAAUGAUCAAAUGUGAUUUCAUUAAAAAUGUUUUUGUUUUUAUCUGAA